AUGGAUCUCUGCAUCACCGCCGAAGAGCCUUUCGCCUACGAGCCACCCAAAACAAAGCCCUUUGCGCCCGUCUCGCCCCCUCUUACUCGAGCCGAGACACGCAACACUUCAACCUCUGGUAGCUCUAGAUCUCCAGCUCCUCUGCCUACUCCCACCGAAGCCUCCGACCUCGAGUUCGAGCUUAUCGUCCAUGAUCCCGCCAACGAUAGCGCUCUGACCUAUCCCUGGGAUCUCCCUCAGACGUCUCUACGUAUCCCCUUGGACACCUCCAGAGUCCACCUCCUUAACCUUUUGCGAGAGCGACUUCCAGUACCUGAAUCCCAAAACAGCAAGUCUCGUCGCACUCGAUCGAUCCGCCGCCCUAAACUGAUCGCUGCGACUUUGUACUGGACCUUCCGCGGCGCCAUUCUCCCGCUUGGACCGAGCGACACGGAAUGGCACUAUCGCGAUCCUAUCACCAAAACCGACAUCAUGGCUCGCACUGAGCUUGAGUGGUUUCUGCUCAAGGAGAUGAUGGCUUCCUCUGGAGGCGCGCUCAAGUGCUAUAUUGCUAUUCGUGGUGAGGCGCCCCCGACCAAGAAGCCCACUGGUUGGUGGUUUGGUAGCACGACUUGA